CCUCUCAGUGGCCCCAGCCUGAAUGAUGCUGGGCGGAGCCAGACUAGCUGCUCUGCAGGCCCGCUGGCUGCUGGAAGUUGCUUAGUGCUUCGGGGGGAAAGGCAGAGACUGACAUGGAGCUGGGGAAGCAUCUGGCUGGCCUCAUCUUGGCUGUCACUCUUCUUCAAGGUACUAUGGCCCAGAAGAAGCAAGCUUUUCCCAUUUCAGAAGUUCCUGUGGUAAAAGUAGAUGGCGAUCAAGAAGACGGUUCAGUACUUCUGACUUGCGAGUCACAAGACAAAGAUGUCAGAUGGUUUAAAGAUGGGAAGCAAAUAACUUCCUUCCAUAAAAAUAAGAAGAAGUUGAAUCUGGGAAGCAGUAUCAAGGACCCUCAAGGGAUAUACCAGUGUCAAGGAUCAAGUAACAUCUCAAAACCACUCCAAGUAUAUUACAGGAUGUGUCAGAACUGCAUCGACCUGAAUGCGGGCACUGUAUCCGGCUUUGUCCUCGCUGAAAUCAUCAGCAUCUUCUUCCUUGCUGUCGGGGUUUACUUCGUUGCUGGACAGGAUGGAGUUCGCCAGUCAAGAGCUUCAGACAAACAGACUCUGUUGUCCAAUGACCAGCUUUACCAGCCCCUCAGGGAUCGGGAAAAUGACCAAUACGGCCACCUUCAAGGAAAGCGACUGAGGAAAAAUUGAACUCAGGACUCCAAGUGUUCUCCCUUCUGGACAGUUCUCAGAAACAUGGCAAUCCUAGCAGAGAGACUUUCAGCCCUAAAUCUAGAUUCAAGUUUCUCAGAGGUGACAAUCGGAGAAGAAAGCCCAUCAGAGCAAAUUUGGAUUUUUCUCAAAAUAAAAUAAACGAAAAGGAAAGUAAAAAUAUGUAUGGUGUUGCCGGAGCGCCACCUGUUGGGAGGUAAUUUUUUCUGUAAAAGAAAAUUGAAAAGGUCAAAUAACCCGCUCCAUUUGAAUAUUACUUUUUAAAGUUCUAAUUUUUUAUUUACGUUCUGUAUAAGUCAUAAUUUACAUGGUUAAAGUAUGCAAUGAAAGGUCUCCCUCCACUUGCAUCCCCAGCCAUUCAGUUGUCCUCUCCAGAGACAAACAAUAUACUAGUUUCUAACGUAUCUUUAUAAGGUAUAUAAGGUAUUAUAAAUCAGAGGUAUUCUAGGCAUACAUAAGCAAACUCUUAAGUACACAUUAUUCUUCCCUUCCCUAUUUUUCACAAAAAUGGUAUCAUACUAUACAUCUUGCACUUUCACCUAAUAAACCUUAAAAUUAUUUCAUACCAGUAA